CAUUGUCACUGAGCUCCUAGGUGCCUGAAAAGUAGGUAAUAGGUAAGAGAUUAGAGCAGAAUUACAAUUUUAUUUUCAGUUGUUCCUUUUAUUCAGGCGUGCUGGUCUAGCAUGGAGGCACCUCACUGGCAGAGCACUUGCCUUGAACGGGGCAGGCCAUGCACUGUAUCACUACUGCUCUGAAUAAAUGCAAAAGUGGAGAAGCAAGGAAACUCCAAUGGUGUCCCUUUCCUCUGAACUCAUUACCUGCUAUCUAAUAGGUAGAAUUGUCUGGAUGAAGGUGCUUUGACCCAGUUCUCCAAGUUCCUAAGACCCCCUCUCCUUUCCACAGGAUCACGCUGCAUUAUGCUUGUACCUAUGACCAUCCAGAUGUGGUGUGGCUCCUCAUCAAGAAAAAUUGCAAUUUUCACGUAAAUGCCCGUGAUGGUGAAAAGAGCACACCCCUAAUUAAGUCUAACCAGGUCUGCAUGAGGACAAAACCAGUUGACAUGCCAAGACGGGGGAAGGUUCACGGAAUCCCACCUCUAAAUAUGAACUGCAGGCAAUCAAUGGAUGCUGAGGGAGGAAGAAUCAUUUUUUCCAGGGACUAAUUCCAUGAUAUGUUAUCUGAUCGCAAGUGGGCAAGUCUAAACACAGGCUGUACAGCAGGACCAUGAAGAAUGCGUGUCGAUUUUACUUAACCUUGGCGCUGAUCCACACGCCAUGAAUGUGUGUGGAAAAAAUGCACUCCACUAUGCCGUGCUUGGGGGGAACAUCUGAAUGGCUGAAAAACUGCUGGCCUGCGGUGCUGAUAUUGAAGCCAGAACAAAGCAUGGAUUCACACCAUAUUUGCUCUGUCUUCUCAAAAAGAAAGAAGAGAUGGCAGAAUUCUUGAAAGCAAAGGUUGCAGAUGUGCAUGCUGAGGUUGAAUGGAAAAGUGAGACAACAGGUUUAAAGUCGAUCCUUAAGUCUGCACAGAUUGGCACAGAUGAGAGUGGCACUCUGCAAAAGAACACCUUACCCAGUGAAAUCAAACCAGAGAAACUGGUAAAACCUCCACAGAGGGAGCUUGUAGGGGCCCGUACAAAUUCAGGACAUCAAGUCUUGAGCUGA